CCGGCGCGCGGGGCCACCUUCCGGCUGUCAUUCUCGUUAUUUUUCAUUUCGCGGUGACGUCUGUGAGGCGUGAAAAGCGUUCCAUCGGUUCCUCUUUGUGCAACGCCGAUUUUAAUUCUUCAACAAAAUGCCCCUGCAGCUGACCAAGCCCGCGCCCCAGUGGAAGACCACAGCCGUUGUCAAUGGCGAAUUCAAGGAUAUUUCGCUCGCUGACUACAAAGGCAAAUACGUAGUGCUGUUUUUCUACCCACUCGACUUCACGUUCGUGUGCCCGACGGAGAUAAUCGCGUUCUCUGAGCGCGCCGACGACUUCCGCAAGAUCGGCUGCGAGGUGAUCGCGGCCUCCACCGACUCGCACUUCACGCACCUCGCCUGGAUCAACACGCCGCGCAAGCAGGGCGGCCUGGGCCCCAUGAACAUCCCGAUUAUCAGCGACAAGUCCCAACGCAUCUCGCGCGACUACGGCGUGCUGAACGAGGAGACCGGCAUCCCCUUCCGCGGCCUCUUCAUCGUGGACGAGCGCCAGAACCUGCGCCAGAUCACCGUCAACGACCUGCCCGUUGGAAGGUCGGUGGAGGAGACGCUCCGGCUGGUGCAGGCCUUCCAGUACACGGACAAGUACGGCGAGGUGUGCCCCGCCAACUGGACGCCGGGCGCCAAGACCAUCAAGCCCGACACCAAGGCGGCGCAGGAGUACUUCGUCGACGCCAACUAAGCGGCGGCGCACGGCGGUGGAAGCGGGUGGCGCCGAACAUCCGACUUCGCUUUAAAAAUAAGCACCUGCAUUGGAGAUACCAUUUAGAGUUAUCGAAAGUAAGCAAUAGAUCAUUUUGAACAGUCAGAUAAUGCCUUCGUAGGCUUAAAGUUUGAAUUGUUUUCAAAGCGCUGUCUGACAGUCGGCGAAAAUCUUAAUUGUGAUAUGAAGUACAAGGCGGGACCUGUACAUAUCGUAAAAACAAACAAUUUAUAUUAUAAAACCUAAUACUCUACACGAGUUUCUACAAUUAUCCUCGUCAAGGAGGUCCCACUCAAGUUCUUGUGCAAAUAACGCGUGUUGGGACUACUUACUAACCGAUAUCAGUCUCCUAAAGUUGAAGUUAACUUACUAACUUAUAAAGUUCUCAGUAAAACCAAAAAUAACUCCAGUCUACCGAACACGGAGAUUUUUCAUAACCUCAAGCUGACCCUGUUUACUAUAAAGGCAAGUUAAUUACGCCUAGCAAGUGGAGUGGUAGACAAAAAUCGUAAUUGUGCUACACUAAAAACAAGCCAGGACUUCUACAUAUCUUUUUCUGUAAAAGAAGAGCAAAUAACUUUAAAUAUUGUAAAAUAUAAUGUUCUAUAAGAUCCUAGAGAUAACUCGAAUAUGACACUCGCUUCCACCUUAACUUUAGUAACUGGACCUUAACGAGGUGAUUAAGUUUUUUUAUUCAUUGUUCAUUAAAGUUCUAUGGUUUGAACGGCAUUGAACAGGCGCGCGUGAAUCUCAGGGCAAGCGAACCAUUUUUCUUCGUACUCCUUGAAUUAUUAAUGACAAUAACUUGUGAUUUAGCUCUGUAGCAGGAAUAGGGAACACGAUCAGUAUUCACAGAAAUCCUAUGUUAGCAAU